GCCUCUGGAUGCAGGAAACAUCUGGCUGCACGCUGGGAGCACACAGCAGGCGAUUCCCUGCCUUUUCCAGAUGUUUGGGCCUUUCUGAUCUGAACAUCUGUUUCCUUUUGGCUACAGAGGCCGACAGUUCCGAAGAGGAUUCGGACGAAUGCCGCUGCCUGAACGGACGCUGCGUCCGCACCCAGCAGGGUUCUGUGUGCGAAUGUCCCACCGGCUUCCAGUUGGACAGCACUCGCACCCGCUGCCUGGAUAUUGACGAGUGCCAGGAGCUCAACCAACGAGGACGUCUGUGCAAAACCGAGCGUUGCGUGAACACCAGUGGCUCCUACUUCUGUACCUGCAAGUCCGGCUACUCGCGGUCCUGGCCACACGGAAUCUGCGUUCCUCAACGAUAGCGUGGCGUGCCGACUACGGCGUGGAAAGAUGGUGGGGACACGUGUGACCAUCCUUGAGUGCCCUCCCCGGUCGUGGGGUGCUUCUCGCUGUCCACCAUCAGAAAAACUGGACCUUGGCCUUUUGGAGCAGCCUUUUGGGGGGUCUAAAUUCCCCAAGGCAGUUCUCACUUUAUUAUAUGAACCUUUUAAAAAAAGAAAGAAAGUUGUACCAGCUACUAUGUGGGGCAUUGAUUUUUUUUGCUAUAGAAUUUUAUACCUAUUUCCGUUUCUGUUCCUUUUUAACCCGCUGGAUUUGUUAGGGUUUUGUGUGUGUUUUUUUU